UCUGACAUUUGACAAGGAUUUUGCGUGCUUUUCGUUUGGCGAUCGAAAAAGAAUAACCGCUCUAUUCAUAGCACGCUUAAUUACUUUAAUAACUUUCAUUUUCGUCGGUUGUAAAUAAAAACAAAGUGCGGCCCAACAAACAAUGGCUCACAGGCUACUUAAAAAAUUGGUGGGCGCCAACGCCAAUGGAGCUAGACUAUACAGUUCUGAAGUGCGAAAAUGCACACUUAUUCCCGGCGAUGGCAUCGGGCCCGAAAUUUCGGCGGCUGUGCAAAAAAUCUUCGCCUCUGCCAGUGUACCUAUUGAGUGGGAAUCUGUUGAUGUCACACCUGUCAGAGGUCCAGAUGGAAAGUUUGGUAUUCCUCAAGCUGCCAUUGACUCUGUAAACAGAAACAAAAUUGGGCUUAAAGGUCCUCUCAUGACACCAGUUGGUAAAGGCCACAGGUCUCUUAAUUUGGCCCUGAGGAAAGAGUUUGACUUGUAUGCCAAUGUCAGGCCUUGCAGGAGUCUGGAAGGAUACAAAACUUUGUAUGACAAUGUCGAUGUGGUGACCAUUCGCGAGAAUACAGAAGGCGAGUACUCUGGCAUUGAGCAUGAAAUUGUCGAUGGUGUUGUGCAGAGUAUUAAGCUGAUCACGGAAGAAGCGUCGCGACGCGUUGCCGAGUUUGCUUUCCAAUACGCCAGGGACACUAAACGUACGAAAGUCACCGCCGUGCACAAAGCUAACAUCAUGCGUAUGUCCGACGGUCUUUUCUUGCGUUGCUGUCGUGAGAUGGCGGAGAAGUACCCAGAAGUCAAGUUCGAAGAAAAAUAUCUUGACACUGUGUGCCUCAACAUGGUGCAAGAUCCCCAUCAGUACGAUGUCCUCGUUAUGCCUAAUUUGUACGGCGACAUUCUCUCUGAUAUGUGCGCUGGUUUGGUUGGCGGUUUGGGAUUGACUCCUUCUGGAAAUAUUGGCAUCAAUGGUGCUCUAUUUGAAUCUGUUCACGGUACUGCACCAGAUAUUGCCGGCAAAGACUUAGCCAACCCCACAGCGCUUCUUCUUUCAUCAGUGAUGAUGCUGAAAUACAUGGGCUUACAGAGCCACGCAGCGAAAAUUGAGCAAGCCUGUUACGAUACAAUCGCCGAGGGCAAGUACCUCACAGGGGAUCUCGGCGGUAAGGCGAAAUGCUCUGAGUUUACGAAUGCGAUCUGCGAACGCAUUACAGGUUAAUGGUGUCGCCGGAACCUGAUUUUAGCUAGAUUUUUAAAUUUAAUCAUGAAGUGAGCUGCAUUUGUUACCAUGCCAUUAUGAGUGAUCAGAACUUGUAUAAACAGUAUUUUAAUAGCGAACGAAGUCAAAUCCGUUUGUACCAAAGAUAGCUAAGACACGGUUAACAGGUUCAAUAUUUAUGUACAAUACUUUUCAAACGUAUGUUAUCUUAUACCUAGUAUAAUUUGUAGGUAAAUCAUAUAAUUAUAUUUCAUCGUCUCAACGUGGUGACUAUUUAGGAAGUUCCCAAUAUGUUUAUUUAUUGAUUUAUUUAUGCUAGCAAAAUUAAGCAAUAAUUGGUCCAAGCGGUUGACUUUAUUAACAUCAAUUCUCAACAAUAAAAAUAAAUUAUUAUAAGUUAUUGUUA